GUGCGUUGUCGCCUGCUGUCGGUGCCUGUCGAGCAGCGAGCAGCACAGCAGCCACACGGACCAACUGAGGAACAGAGAGAGCGACAGAAACACAACAAGUAGUCCUCCACGCCCAGACAUCACCAGCCUCCUCGCAUCACCUCCCGGUUUCAGGUUCCCAACAUGGCCGCCACCCCCGCGCAGAUUUCUCCAGAGGAGCUGGAGGAACUUAGAGAAGCUUUCGCAAAGAUCGAUGUGGACAACAAUGGAUUCAUCAGCAAGGCCGAGCUGACCGAGCUCUUCAGAGCCGCUAACCUGGCGCUGCCCGGGUACAGGGUCCGAGAGAUCGUCCAGGAGCUGACCAAGACCAGCGACCAGCUCUCCUUCGACGAGUUCACUCAGAUCGUCCACAGCCUGAAGAGCACCGAGGUGGCCAAGACCUUCAGGAAGGCCAUCAACAAGAAGGAGGGAAUCUGUAGCGUGGCAGGAACCUCAGAGCAGUCCGGCACCCAGCACUCCUACUCAGAGGAGGAGAAAGUGGCCUUUGUGAACUGGAUCAAUAAAGCUCUGGAGAAGGACGGCGACUGUAAACACGUUCUGCCGAUGGAUCCCAACAACAACGACCUGUUCACCGCCAUGGGAGACGGGAUCGUCCUCUGUAAGAUGAUCAACCUGUCCGUCCCCGACACCAUCGACGAGAGAACCAUCAACAAGAAGAAGCUCACACCUUUCACCAUCCAGGAGAACCUGAACCUGGCUCUGAACUCGGCGUCGGCCAUCGGCUGCCACGUGGUGAACAUCGGAGCUGAGGACCUGAAGGAGGGCAGGCAGCACCUGGUCCUGGGGCUGCUGUGGCAGGUCAUCAAGAUCGGCCUGUUUGCUGACAUCGAGCUGAGCAGGAACGAAGCUCUGAUCGCUCUGCUGCGUGAUGGAGAGAGUCUGGAGGAUCUGAUGAAACUGUCCCCUGAGGAGCUGCUGCUGCGUUGGGCCAACUAUCACCUGGAGCAGGCCGGCUGUGGCAAGAUCAACAACUUCAGCUCCGACAUCAAGGACUCGAGGGCGUACUACAACCUCCUGGACCAGGUGGCACCUAAAGGAGACGAGGAGGGAAUCCCCCCCAUCGCCAUCGACACGUCAGGACUCAGGGAGAAAGAAGACCUGAAGCGCGCUGAGUGCAUGCUGGACCAGGCCGACCGGCUCGGCUGCAGACAGUUCGUCAUGCCGGCGGACGUCGUCCGGGGAAACCCGAAGCUCAACUUGGCUUUUGUUGCCAAUCUGUUCAACAAGUACCCGGCUCUGAAGAAACCAGAGAACCAGGACAUCGACUGGAGCUCCAUCGAAGGUGAAACCAGGGAGGAGCGAACCUUCAGGAACUGGAUGAACUCACUGGGGGUCAACCCUCGAGUCAACCACCUCUACGUAGACAUUGAUGACGCCCUGGUGAUCUUCCAGUUGUACGAGAAGAUCAAGGUUCCAGUGGACUGGGACCGAGUCAACAAGCCUCCCUACCCGAAACUGGGCAGCAACAUGAAGAAGCUGGAGAACUGUAACUAUGCAGUGGAGCUGGGGAAGAAGGAGGCCAAGUUCUCCCUGGUGGGCAUCGCGGGUCAGGACCUGAACGCAGGGAAUCGAACCCUCACCCUUGCCCUGCUGUGGCAGCUCAUGAGACGGUACACCCUGAACAUCCUGGAGGACCUGGGCGAUGGUCAGAAGGUGACCGACGACACCAUCGUGUCCUGGGUCAAUGACAUGCUCACGCAGGCUGGAAAACCCACCAUCUCCAGCUUCAAGGACGGGUCAAUCAGCAGCAGCAUGCCGGUCCUGGACCUGAUCGAUGCCAUCCAGCCCGGAUCGAUCAGAUACGACCUGCUGAAGACAGAAGACCUGACUGACGAGGAGAAACUCAACAACGCAAAGUACGCCAUCUCCAUGGCGAGGAAGAUAGGCGCCCGGGUAUACGCUCUGCCCGAGGACCUGGUGGAGGUCAAACCCAAGAUGGUGAUGACAGUGUUCGCCUGCCUGAUGGCGCGUGGUAUGAAGAGAGCCUAAAGACCAAGACGACACACCAUCAGUAACCUGGACGAACAUGAACCUGCAGACCGGCCUCAGGAAGUGAAGGGGGAGGGGUCAGCUGUAUUCUUGUGACUUAACAGUUCAGAGACAAAAACUCUCACAGUCUCAUAACCUGAAAUAUUGGACAGACAAAGUUCAGAUAAUGUGAACACAUUUCAAAACAGGGGGUGACAGAAACAAAGUAAUUACAUUAUAUUGAGACAUCCACUGCAGACUGUUAUAUUUCUCUGUUUUAAACUCAGGAUCAGCUUCAGUUAAACCUCAUCAUCAUUAAUAAUAAAGUACAUAAUCACAUCUGCAGGCUUCCCACUCUCUGCUGCACUGUUGUUGGUUUUUCUAAUGUCUGUAUCAUCGUGAAGGACCUGCGCAAUGUCCCUGUGUAUUUCUGUGGCAGAUUCAGCCACAGUCUCAGUUUUUUACCUGAUUACAAACAUUUCAAAUCAGAAACUUUAUGGCAAAAAUAUGCAACAAAUAAACAGACUUUUGUAUGAUAAA